GACCGCCAAGACAAACCCUAAGCAUUACCUAGUGGUAGAGGAGGAGGAAGAGAAGAAUUUGGGUUGGGUGCCUCCAUUCGCAUCCCUCUUUUUCGAUUCCAAUAAAAAAAAAAUCACCAUGUCCAAGAGGAUCCUUUGCAAGUUCUAUGCCCACGGAGCUUGUCUCAAAGGGGAGCAUUGUGAAUUUUCUCAUGAUCGCAGGGAUCCUCCCAAUAAUAUUUGCACUUACUAUCAGAAAGGAAACUGCUCUUAUGGCAGUCGAUGCAGAUACGAUCAUGUUAAGGUCUCUCGCUCGAAUACAGCCGCCUCAUCAUCAUCAUCUACAUUUCCCUUACCUCAUCCUUCAAGACCCAUGCCAACUGCACUUGCUGCCCCUCGACUUCCACCUACUUCUGCCAUCACAACUUUCCUUCCUUCCCCCACACCACCUUGGAACUUGGAGUCCGCAGAUAAUAAUGGUUUAAUAGAUACUGGUGAUGCCUUGGAGCCUAGGAGUCUGAGACUAGCUGACCAAUCCAUCUGCUCUUUUGCUGCUGCCGGUAUUUGUCCUCACGGCCAAAAAUGCCCUCACUUACAUGGAGAUUUGUGUCCAACCUGUGGGAAACAUUGCUUGCAUCCUUUCAGACCUCAAGAAAGGGAGGAACACAUGAGGGCUUGUGAGAAAAGGCAAAGGUACCUUGAGGCACUGAAACGGAGCCAUGAAAUUGAGUGCAGCGUGUGCUUAGAUCGUGUGUUGUCCAAGCCCACACCGGCUGAAUGCAAGUUUGGGAUUCUUUCAGAAUGUGAUCAUUCAUUCUGUGUAUCCUGUAUUAGGAAUUGGCGCAGCAGUUCGCAUUCCUCUGGAAUGGAUCCCAAUACCACAUCGAGGGCUUGUCCAAUUUGUCGCAAGCCAUCAUACUUUGUAAUUCCAAGUGUCAUUUGGUAUUCCACUCCUGAAGAAAAGCAGGAAAUUGUGGAUAAUUACAAAGCAAAAUUAAGAUCCAUAGAUUGCAAGCACUUCAACUUUGGAAAUGGAAACUGCCCUUUUGGGUCCAGUUGUUUCUACAAGCAUACGGUCAAGCCAGGCUCAUAUGCAUGGAAAUAUCACAGGCCACCACCUCGUCGCAGAUCCAAUGCUAUGGAAAUGUCUUCAUUUUUUGAUGAUAUGCUCGAGAACUUAUAUACCGAAGACGACUUAUCGGAUUGGGAUGACGAGUUAGAUUAUGAUGAUUUUACAAUUGAAGAAGAUGAAGAAGGAAUUGAAAUGGCAACGCUGUUAUUAAUGGGUCUCUUUAGCUUAAGUGAUGAGGAGAAUUAAUCUCCAUUAGAGUAGUAGGUGCUUUGAUUUAGUAAUGUUUGCUAAGCAUGUUCUUCUGUUGGAUUUUUGGAGAUGUGAUGAUAAUUGGCUUUUUGAUAGCCCACCACAUUUUGCAUAUGGUGGAAGAUGAUUGUUGGUGUUUGAAGUUUGGUCGUUUUAGUUCACAUCGUGUUGAAACAUAAAAUAUAGGUUUUUGUUUUGUACUAGAGUUUCAGCUUUAUUUAUUGUUAUUUAUUGGUGAUUUACUUCUGACUUUAACUUGUAGGGAGCUCUCGGUUUUGGCUACCACCAUGGGGAGAUCAGAGAAUCUUUUGAAACCUUUUAUUUAUGUGAAUUGAUUAAAGUGCCAUGCAAUGCUACCUGAUAAGAUGGUGCAUUUAGGUGUUGAUUUGCUUUCAUGCUUAUAGUAUGUGUGUGUGUGCGAGAGAGAGAGAGAGAC